AUGGACCUUCGCUCCCUCGCCCGCCCCGUAGCCCAGCUCCUCACAACCGCCCGCCGCACACCUCUCACCCCCAAACGCGGCCACAAAACGACCGCCCGAACCAAACGGGCCCUCAAAAUCGCCCCCCACGACUCCUUCCUCCCCGACCGGACCGCCGCGUCCCCCGCCGCCGACAGCAUCAUCUACAACCCGCCCGCGUCAGAAGCCUCGCCCGCCCACACGCCCUUCCUCUUCCUCCCGCCCAGCGACCCGCGCAGCAUCAUCUACAACCCGCCCGCGUCAGAAGCCUCGCCCGCCCACACGCCCUUCCUCUUCCUCCCGCCCAGCGACCCGCGCAGGUCGGCGUUUCUACGAAUACGCAACCACCCCCGCGCGCCGGUGCCCAACGCCCAGCCCCUCGCAGAGGCAGACCUGCCCCCCAAGAUGCGCUACAAGCACCGCAACCCGCGGUACAACCUGCAGGAGGAGGACGUCGCGGAGAUGAGGAGGCUGCGCGCCGAGGACCCCAUCAAGUGGAGCGUGGGCAAGCUGGCGCAGAGGUUCGACUGCUCAGAGGUGUUUGUCAAGAUGGCGGCCCCGGCGCCGCAGGAGCACCUCGAGUGGCUAAAGGGCAAGCUGGAGAGGAAAGCGGCGAGAUGGGGUCCCAGGAAGACGCAGGCGAGGGAGGAUAGGAAGCGCAGAGCCGAUCUUGUCUACCGGGGGCAGUUAUAA